CUGGCCCAGGGUAGCCUAGAUGUUCCCGGAACUACAGUGCGGGAAAGAACAGUGAGGGUGUGUGCAGAGGGUGUGUGCUGGCCGAGGAACCCCGCAGACGUGGCAGGCAGCUCCGGGUAGGGACUGGGCUAGAGCAGGGAGCUCUACCUUUGCUGGUAUCCAGUCCCAAGAGAACUCAGCGCCAGCCCUGGACGAUGCACCAGGAUGGUUACUAUCCUCCGCCUUCUCCACUUGUGAAUGGUUCCUUGGAUCAGGAGCCUCUGAGGCAGCUCCCUGAUAUGUCCCCUCGAGGUGGUGGCGGGCUGCCACUGCUUGCUGCCAUCACCGCUGCCUUUGUCCUGCUAGCGAUCUGCAUUGUGCUGGUGGUUCACCUUGGGCCUACGCUGCACCAGGGCAGUGCUACUCUCCUCACAGAGCCACCAGUCCUGAAGCCAGAGAACGGCAUUUAUCUUAUCCACUGGCGGCUGCUGAGCCUACAGGACAGUCACAGAGAAAGCCAGCAGGGACUUUUUAUCCCUCACUCUUGCCCUGCCCUAGAAGGGCACAGAUCCAGCAUCGAUGAAGUCACAUAUCUGUAGGAGGGUGAUUUGGACGUGGCCUGGCUGGUCUCAGACAAGAAGCUGGACUGGAAAGUGAACUGAAGCCAGGGUAUCAGAGCUACAGACUGCCUCUGGACUCCUCUGGAGCUGUCCUCCUACUUAACAAGAAUGCAGCGUCAUGGUAACAAGAAAAGCCACUUGAGGAUCUUGCCUGGAGACAUGGUGCCAAGGUCAUCCUUACAAGGUUCCCCUCAGGGACCUCCAGAACCUUCUCAGAGUGCCAUUCCCUUCUUGCACCUCUGAUCUCCAACCCUCUUGAAGUAAAGUGAAGAUUCCAUCUCUGAGCAGAGGUCUGCAAUGAAGGCCCUGCAUUCACACACUGCUGGUCCACGGAGAGCUAAGGCAAGGGACCUGGGGU